AUGAGAAUUGUUACGAACGAGUUCGUGAAACACAACGCCUCAAUACAACAGAAACACAACGCCUCAAUACAACAGAAACACAACGCCUCAAUACAACAGAAACACAACGCCACAAUACAACAGAAACACAGCGCCUCAAUACAACAGAAACACAACGCCACCAUACAACAGAAACACAACACCUCCAUACAACAGAAACACAACGCCACCAUACAACAGAAACACAACGCCACAAUACAACAGAAACACAACGCCACCAUACAACAGAAACACAACGCCACCAUACAACAGAAACACAACGCCACCAUACAACAGAAACACAACGCCACAAUACAACAGAAACACAACGCCACCAUACAACAGAAACACAACGCCACCAUACAACAAAAACAUAACGCCACCAUACAACAGAAACACAACACCACAAUACAACAGAAACACAACGCCACAAUACAACAGAAACACAACGCCACCAUACAACAGAAACACAACGCCACCAUACAACAGAAACACAACGCCACAAUACAACAGAAACACAACGCCAAAAUACAACAGAAACACAACGCCUCAAUACAACAGAAACACAACGCCACCAUACAUACAAACACAAAACACAACGCCACCAUACAACAGAAACACAACACCUCCAUACAACAGAAACACAACGCCUCAAUACAACAGAAACACAACGCCACAAUACAACAGAAACACAACGCCACCAUACAACAGAAACACAAUGCCACAAUACAACAGAAACACAACGCCACCAUACAACAGAAACACAACGCCACAAUACAACAGAAACACAACGCCACCAUACAACAGAAACACAACGCCACCAUACAACAAAAACAUAACGUCACCAUACAACAGAAACACAACACCACAAUACAACAGAAAUACAACACCACAAUACAACAGAAACACAACGCCACAAUACAACAGAAACACAACGCCACCAUACAACAGAAACACAACGCCACAAUACAACAGAAACACAACGCCAAAAUACAACAGAAACACAACGCCUCAAUACAACAGAAACACAACGCCACCAUACAUAAAAACACAGCGCCACAAUACAACAGAAACCCAACGCCAAAAUACAACAGAAACACAACGCCACAAUACAACAGAAACACAACAUCACAAUACAACAGAAUAACAACCCCCAAUAAUCAACAUAAACACAACUGUCCGAAAAAUAGCGGGGACGUUGACUUUCGGUCCAGUAAAUCCCAGGUGAAAUCCCCGCCCUGUGGGGAAAAUGCCGGUAAAAUCCCCGCCAAAUGCCCCCGCACCCCCGAGGACAUCCUAUGA